CGUAGAUCCCGGCCGACCCUGAAGGAUGAAGAGGCCAGUAGGGAUGAGCGCGGAAGAUGUAUGAAUGGAUCUUUUCUGGUAUUUAAUAUACAGUACAGUAGGUUGUUGGUGACAGCGUUCUCCAUCUCAUGCGGUGACUACGGAGUAAAAGGUCAUGGAUAGGUGGUGUUGAAGCCUUGUUCCCGACAUCAGUCUCUACACACUAUCAACCGACUACUCUUGCAUACACGCUACGAGUACCACCACUAUCAUCACCACAACCACCCACCACUUCUCCUCCGUAUUUUUUAUGCCCUUUUCCUCCUCGAACAACCGGCUUCAUAUCUUCGCAGAUUGCACAAUAAUUCUUUUGGGAACAUCUGUAGCCCCGUCCCCAAGCGGAAUCCUCAUUUGUCAUCCGACGCUCAAUCCUCCUUUUGGCCUCAGCGACUCCUCCGUCUGCAAUUAAAGACUGCUAUCGGUUCUGGCCGAUUCACCUGUUGUACUCGUACACACGCAGUACAUACAGUACGAGUACCCAAAGGACCGCCGCCGUUGUCAGCGACCCCGUUUUCCUCUUUCUUGACUGUUGCCUCAGUCGAUUACGGAUAUGGCGAGCGACAUUUAUAGUCACCAUCCCUCCCUCGAACCCUUCCCUCUCUUCAUCGACUCGGCUCCUCCCAACUCUGCCAACUACUUCUCCUCCCCCAUGGCCAUGGCCGCCAUCCAACUCCUCUCUACCUCUACGUCGUUCCACCAGGGCAAGCGUCGGACAUCUGUGCCGGCCAAAGUCUCAAACUAUCUGCGACUCCGCUACUACCAGUAUGAAGUCACCUUCGGACUGUAUGUCAUGACGCCGACCGAGAAACUCGUCUUCAACACCAUGGUGCUGGCGGCACUUGCUUUCCUCGUCUACGCUCUUUUUUGGGGGUUCGAGCCCUUCCUUGUCAACUCGCUCUGCAGAUUCAUCUACUACCUCACCGGAUCUUAUUCCAGCGCACCGGAGUUAUGUGCACAGUCACCAUAGAACAAGGGAAAGCCACUAGGUUGGACGCGUGACAUCGACACAAAGAAAUUGUCGAUCUGAGAACUAUUGCGAUGCGGACCGGGGUCCCGGAAGUGCCGGAAGCUAUUGUACUUUUCAGCCUCCACAUCGCGCGGCGCGUACUUCCGCCUUUUCGCAGAGCCUCUCGGAUGAAUUCGCUGGAAUUCUAGACGUGCUGCAACAGGUACUUCAGAAUGCACGUUGGAAAGUCGAGCAACGAAUUGCACUGUACAUGACGGAGUACACACGCAAGACUGACCUUCGAGGUGAUCUUCGAACUGAUCUGCAUGAUGAUCAUUCCCUACUCAAUAACUCCGCCAGUCUCGACUCUCUCGACCACGGCGAAGUUCUGGACAUUCGCUACACCGCCUCGUCACUCGCUUCCAGAGCACGCCAACAGACCUUGAUGACCGGCCCUACAUCCAUCACGAAUUUGUGGACGGCAUACGGGUAUGAUUUUCAGAAAGCCAUGUUUCAGUUGUGGCCGAAUUCGGUCCUACAUCCUCGUUGUCCGAGUAGCCCAGGGUAUAUUAUAUGCUGGCAAUGUUUGUCCAGCCCCCGGCCUAAGCAGGCCAUUACGACUUUCACGACAGCGAUUAUUUUGUACAUACAGGUGUAUCCGUAGUACUCAUGAUAAUGAUGAUUUUCUAUCGAUAGCAAUAACAGAAGCCAUCACGGCUUUAUUUAAUUAGCAAUUCGAUUGCUUUGUUUGUGGAGUCAGUCUACUCGUAGGAAGAAA